CUAGAGAUGCUCAGCUCCCAGGACUUGGAAACCAUAUGGGGAUGGAACAGUCUUGUUCCACCCAGCAUUCAUGGCAAUGUGCAUGGCGCGAUCGAAAUCAAUGUUCAAAAGACACCAUGGGCACCAGCAGUUUGCGCUUGGGAUGGUCAAUUCACUUAUGAGGAUAUCUGGGAACUGUCCGAUCGCCUGUUCCACCGUUUGGCCCAAUAUGGCUGUGAGCCUGGGCAAAUUGUUCCUAUCUGCUUCGAGAAGACUAAAUGGACCAUUGUUGCCAUUCUUGCAGUCCUCAAGACUGGCGCAGCCUUCGUACUCUUGGAUCCAAGUCUGCCCAGAAGCCGUUUACGACUAAUCACGGAGAAAAUCUCAGCCUCGGUCCUUCUGUCUUCGCUCCAGACGGCCUCGUUGGGAAAGUCCCUCUUGGAGAAUACCAUCAUACUUGAUCCUACUGUGCUCCUUGGAGCUGAGCUUGGUCCAAAUUGCAUUUCCUCUGGUUCACAUCAGUGCGACAGACUUUAUGUUUCAUUCACUUCUGGAAGUUCGGGAAACCCUAAAGGAGUUGUAAUCACUCAUGCCAACUACUGCGCUGCCAUGUGGUAUCGGAUCAAAGCUCUUUCACUUGGUCCUCAUUCACGGGUCUUUAACUUUGCUUCCUACGGCUUUGAUGUUGGUAUUGAAGACAUGCUCGCUACCCUCAUGGCUGGCGGAUGCGUGUGUGUUCCGUCAGAAGACGAGCGCAUGAACGAUAUCCUCGGUGCUAUCAAUCGAUUGGAGGCGAAUAGCGCUGAUUUGACCCCUUCGAUGAUGCAUCUGCUUAGCCCAGAAGCUGUGCCUAGUCUGAGAGUCCUGAAAUUAGCCGGAGAGUCGCUUACAUCAGCGAACGUGCUGAAGUGGGCGGAUCGCACGACACUUUUCAACGCCUACGGACCGACGGAGUGCACAGUCUAUUGCACGGUCAACCGAGUCACAUCUCUAGAGACUGAACCGUCGAACAUCGGACGAGGACUGGGAGCCUCAACAUGGAUAGUCGACCCUGAUAACCAUAACCGGCUCACAGCUGUUGGCGAGACAGGAGAGUUACUCAUUGAAGGGCCUCUCGUUUCCCCGGGAUAUCUUGGAGAAGAUGAGAUGACAGCAGUAGCCUUCAUACAUGAUCCAAUCUGGCUGACUCGGGGCUUUGGUACACACAAAGGCAGACGGGGUCGGCUCUACAAAACUGGUGAUCUGGUUGCGUACGAUAAGGAUGGCACGAUCAAAUUCAAAGGGCGGAAAGACACACAGAUCAAGAUCAGAGGACAGCGCGUCGAACUCGGUGAGAUCGAACAUCACCUCCUUGAGCAUCUUCCCAGAGGUGUACAAGUUGUUGUAGAAGCCAUUCAGCCCCUGGACAACUCAUCAUCUCCGACGAUCGCAGCUUUUCUGCUAAUACCGGGCAGCGAAAGGGCAGAUGAUAUUCUGUGUGACACGAUACCAGAGCCUUUGAAAGCAGAAAUACUAGCUCUGAAACCCAGACUCAGUGCUACCAUGCCUGAUUAUAUGCUCCCUACAGCGUACAUUCCUGUGGCAAGAUUUCCAACGACGGCAUCAUGGAAGACGGACCGGAAGGAACUACGAAAGAUAGGCUCGGCGCUAUCCAGAAGAGAAAUCAGUGCUUUCGUCGCUUACCGUGAUGUUAUCGACUCCGAACGACUUUUCAAUGAGGAUGCAAUCCGUGGUAUGUGGGCUGAGCUACUCCGAGUUGAGCCGCGAGAUAUAGAGCGAACAGAUGACUUUUUCUGGCUUGGCGCAACAUCCAUAACGGCAAUGCAACUCACGGUCAUGGCACGGAAGCAAGGCAUACCCUUGACAGUCGCACAGGUUCUCCGCCACCCACGCUUGAUUGAUCUCGCUCGGAUAACUGUUGAUAUCCCACCAGCGAUCCCAACCCGCUACGAUCCUUUCUCUUCUGUCAAUAUAUCGAAUAUCGAUCGUCAUCUCGAAAACCACGUACUGCCAGCACUCGCGAUUGAUCGAGCAGAUUUGGAGGACCUUGCAGAGGCCACAGACUACCAAGUCGCUAAGCUGAGCACGGGACUUACCAGCACCAGAGGUACCACAAACUACAUUAUUCUUGAUUUUCAAGAGCCCGUCUCACACGAUCGACUUGAAGCUGCUUGCAUGAAAGUCGUCACACACAUACCUGUUCUUCGCACGGUAUUCCUAGUCCAUCAACGUCGCGUGUUGCAGGCAACCACUAAGCAUUUUCGGGGAUCAUUUGCAUGCCGACGAGUACUAAGUUCCUUGGAAGCUACUACCAACGAGGUCAUCGAACUUGACAUGCAUCAUGAAGUUGAUCCUGGCAGGAACAUGGUCAAAUUUUGGUUCCUCGGUGGGAAUGGCCGUACUCGUCGCAUCAUAUUGCGAUUGUCGCAGGCAUACUAUGAUGGUCCGACCUUGAUCAAGAUUGUGAAGACUCUUCGAGCUGCAUAUCUGAACGAGAGAUUGCCACCUGUGAUCAAUUUUACAGAAUACAUGUAUUGGAUGCGGAGGGAAAAUCUGUCCAACGAGGCUGAACAAUACUGGCGACAACUACUGGCAGGAUCAGUUGUUACCAAGAUGGUUAACUAUUCAAAACCGUCGUACAAGAAUGUCCUUGACGGUGCAGUCAAUCAGAUCGUGCAAACUUCCCAUUUCCAGGGCUGCGGACUGACUAUGGGUACCGUUAUCAAGGCAGCAUGGGCACUUGUGCUCCGUGAGCUGAGUGGAAAGUCUGACGUCGUCUAUGGUUUCACGACAUGGGGUCGUAACGCCCCUUUCCCGACAAUUUCGGAUGUUGUAGGACCGUGUCUAGACACGAUGCCUACAAGGGUGAAAUUUCGCACGAACAUGACACCCGCAGAACUCAUGGCAUCAGUACAAGAACAGACUAUCGCAGCUUUGCCGUUCGAGAAUUUUGGCUAUCAGAAGCUCGUCGAGCGCUGUACUAGCUGGCCUCGUUGGGAACGCCUGAGCUCGAUUGUCAUGUACCAAAAUCUUGGUGAAGAUGUUGAUCAGAUGUCUUUGGGCGAUAACAUGAUCCUGUCUAGGAGGGCAGUACGUCCACCUUCUGAUAGGGCUGACAUCGCCGUUUACACAAAGCCGCAUGACCUGGGAACGUUUAUCGAGAUCAACUCUUGCAAUACGAGCCUGCCGCCACACUACGCCCGGCUACUACUGCAGAGGAUGUGUCACUUUAUCGAAUAUCUCACUGCUAAUCAUGGUGCUAAUUCUUCUCUCCCACCUAUAGUGCACGCGGACCGUCCCGCCAUUCCUUUCGUUCUUGAAACGUCCAAGACUGAAAACCAGUCUCCACCAGCCAGAUCUUCAAACACGCAAGAAAGCUCUAGUCACGUCAUGAAGUUGGUCAUAGAAGCAUGGAAAUCGAUCAUCGCUUGCAGUGACGAAGAGACAAGAGCAUAUGAAGCCAAAGACGUACCUUUCUAUGACAUCUGGGGGACCCUUACUGCAGCCUGGGGAUUUGCCGACUUCUAUCGGAGAGCUGGCUACGUCACGAGUAUGGAGGCGAUGAUAGAUAAUCCAACAAUCGCGUCGCAAGCUGCAGUUUUAUUCUCUUCAUCAUAUGAUGCGGAAUGCCUGCUUCCUUGGUCGUAG